UACGAACUUUUACUUUUCUGUUUUUGUUUGGGUGUGAAACAGAAUUUGUACUUGCUCAGAUACUCUGGGCGUUUCCGUCAAACUAAACCAAAACUUGCAAAUUCUCAUCAGAACCCCUCUUUUCUCUCGGCAAAAAAAAAGCACAAGAAAAAAUCAAUAAGUUUGGUACUGAUCAAUUUCUACAGGGUAGCCAUGGCUUCGUCGGAGGAGGAACCACCGCAGCAGAGCCAAGAACCACCGCAGCAGCCACAGUCAGUGAAAGACUGUCUUCACAAGACCAAGCUCAUUCAAUUCUUGGGCCGCACCGCCCCUAUCGUCCUCCAGAACGACAAUGGUCCCUGCCCUCUCCUCGCCAUCUGUAAUGUUCUCUCCCUGAGAAACAACCUGAAUUUGAGUGCAGACACUACAGAAGUCUCUCAAGAAAAGUUACUCUCACUCGUUGCUGAAAGAUUAAUUGAUUCUAACAGUAAUAUUGAUAAUAAAGAUGCUGGCUAUGUAGAAAACCAACAGCAGAAUAUAGCUGAUGCUAUCGAUCUACUCCCUCGACUUGCAACCGGAAUCGAUGUUAACAUAAAAUUCAGAAGGAUAAGUGAUUUUGAGUUUACUCCAGAAUGUGCAAUAUUUGAUCUGUUAGACAUCCCACUAUAUCAUGGCUGGAUAGUUGAUCCCCAGGACCAUGAGGCUGCUAAUGCAAUUGGGUCGAAGUCCUAUAACACUCUUACGGGGGAGCUUGUUGCACUGGAAACACAAAAUAUGGAGAGUGAGUCUAAGGGGAAGAAUAUUCCUCAAGAAGAUUGUGUUGAUUUUGUUGCUGCAACAACUGCAACACUUGGUGUACCUUCCCCAAGCCUUUCUAAAACUAGAUCUUUUGAUGAGUCUCCACAUUCAGCUUCUGAUGAACCAAAGGAAAGGAAAGGAGACCGUGAAGAAGAAGCAGAGUUGCUGAUGGCUUUACAAAUGUCUGAGGCUGAGCUUCCGACUGCAGUGGGUGAUCCAUUUGCAGCAAGUAUUGACACACCGCCUCUGUUAGUUAGUUCAGAUGAAAGUACUCAUCUUGAGAAGGUUAUGCUUGUAGGUUCUGCAGAUAAAUCCGAAAAACAUGAUGCUGAAUGCAGUAAUUCUCAUCAGUCAGAACUGUCUGUACCAGAUAACAUUGCCCCCAGGAACGAAAGUAGUGAUCUGAUAUCUUUUGAAACUGCUUCAGGGCAAACAGCAUGUUCAUCCCGGUUGGAGACGACUGAGGUGAACAAUAAUGGUCAGCGAACUUCUGUGAAAUCAGAAGAUCUUCCUAAGGAUCUGGUUACAAAAAGCACAGGAAACGAAUCAGACCAGAUUAAAGGUGCAAUUUCUUUUAGUCCUGAGAGAAAUAAUGAAUCCAUAGAUGAGAACCAUACAGAUGUUUCAAAAGGGGGUGAAAAAUUUGAGGAUCAGGUCAAGCUUGCGACUAAUGCCGAUGGAAUUGUAGAAAUAAAUAAGCAAAUUGGGAGCAAUAUGACAGAGGUUUCUUGCUUAUCUGCUUCAAAUGUGGGUUCAGAUUCAUCUAGUGGCAGAAUGCUGGAAAUUGAUGAAUCGGAAACUUUGACAUCAAGUGGUGAAGGCAGUGAGCCCAUCUAUGAAGGAGAGGAACGUAUUUUGGACUCAGGCACAAUUGUUUCUGAACAAAGAGAGCCUGUAUAUGAAGGUGAGGCAGUGCUUGCAAAGCAAGCAGACAAAGGGAUGCUAGAUGCAAGGUCAAAGGAUGAAAUCACUCCACAAGAAGGGGAAUUGAUCAGGAAUUUUUUGAAGAACAAUGCUAGUCAAUUGACUUUCUACGGCCUUUUCUGCUUACAAGAGGGCCUUAAAGAGCGGGAGCUCUGUGUUUUCUUUCGAAACAACCACUUCAGUACCAUGUUUAAGAUCAAUGGAGAGCUUUAUCUUUUGGCUACUGAUCAGGGUUACCUGAAUCAGCAUGAUUUGGUGUGGGAAAAGCUUAAUGAGGUGAAUGGAGAUACAUUGUUCAUGACUGGCAACUUCAAGGAAUUUAAAGUUGAAAGCCAAUCAAAUGAAAAUUGGGAUGAAAAUAAUGCUGUUACCAGCACUGCGGACUACCUUGCGAGCAUUGAUAGUGCAGCUUCAGCAGGCUUCGAUCUAAAUUCUGAUCUGCAAUUGGCAAUUGCUCUGCAACAACAGGAGUUUGAACAGCAACCACAACAACAACAGCAACGACAAAACGUGCAGCAACCAUCUAUUAGUGGUAAUUCAAGGAUGGUCACAGGUCCCCAGGGGCCAAGACAUAAUGUCAGAACUUCUACAACAUCCUCUUCUCCAAGACCUGAAAAGCCCAAGGAUAAGUGUAUCAUUAUGUGAAUUCAGGCAGCAAACAGUUUUAAGGCUGUGUUUGUAAAUGGUGUUUUUUUUUCCGAUUACAUUUGAUGGCAUUAAUCACCAUGUUCAGGAUUGUAUGUGAUUUUUAGAUGACAAUUUCUUGACUGUAAAUAGAGUCCAGUCAGUAUAUACGCCAUCUUGCUUCGGCCCUUCAGCCCCCAAGCCUGGCAGUUUUUCUAACCAGAUUGACUAUGAGGUUGUUGGACGAUGAAUAAAGCCCCAGUUCUAACUCAUUGACAGAUUCAAAGAAGUACCUGAUUUCAGUGAUGGGCUCUAGUUCAUUAGCUUUGUGAGCUUUUGUUUUUCGGGCUGAUAUUAACAUUGCGAAAUGCGAGCUGAUGUAGCAUGUUUUCCUUCUGAAUUUAGUGACUCCAUGCAUUUUCAACCUGGGUUCUUUAUUUCUUUUA